UGUAAUCAGUGCACAUUGCAUAUAGGAAACAGUUCAGAUUUCAUGGGCAGGCUAAGGCAUGUAAGCAAGCUGAGUUUGUGUGUGGUUAUCGUAGCAGGCUGGGUUUUUGUGUGGUUACUGUAGAAGGCUGAGUUUGGGUGUGGCUUCUGUAAAAUGUUAAGUUUGGAGUGUGGCUUCUGUAGAAUGUUAAGUUUGGGGUGUGGCUUCUGUAGAAUGUUGAGUUCGGGGUGUGGCUUCUGUAGAAUUUUGAGUUUGGGGUGUGGCUACUGUAGAAUGUUGAGUUUGGGGUGUGGCUUCUGUAGAAUGUUGAGUUCGGGGUGUGGCUUCUGUAGAAUUUUGAGUUUGGGGUGUGGCUACUGUAGAAUGUUGAGUUUGGGGUGUGGCUUCUGUAGAAUGUUGAGUUUGGGGUGUGGCUUCUGUAGAAUGUUGAGUUUGGGGUGUGGCUUCUGUAGAAUGUUGAGUUUGGGGUGUGGCUUCUGUAGAAUGUUGAGUUUGGGGUGUGGCUUCUGUAGAAUGUUGAGUUUGGGGUGUGGCUUCUGUAGAAUGUUGAGUUUGGGGUGUGGCUUCUGUAGAAUGUUGAGUUUGGGGUGUGGCUUCUGUAGAAUGUUGAGUUUGGGGUGUGGCUUCUGUAGAAUGUUGAGUUUGGGGUGUGGCUUCUGUAGAAUGUUGAGUUUGGGGUGUGGCUUCUGUAGAAUGUUGAGUUUGGGGUGUGGCUUCUGUAGAAUGUUGAGUUUGGGGUGUGGCUUCUGUAGAAUGUUGAGUUUGGGGUGUAGCUACUGUAGCAGGUUGAGUUUGGGGUGUGACUACUGUAGUAGGCUGAGUUUGCGGUGUGGCUUUUGUAGAAUGUUGAGUUUGGGGUGUGGCUACUGUAGCAGGCUGAGUUUGGGGUGUGGUUACUCUAGAAUGUUGAGUUUAGGGUGUGGCUUCUGUAGAAUGUUGAGUUUGGGUUGUGGCUACUGUAGCAGGCUGAGUUUGGGGUGUGGCUUCUGUAGUAGGCUGAGUUUGGGGCGUGGCUACUGUAGCAGGCUGAGUUUGGGGUGUAGCUACUGUAGCAGGUUGAGUUUGGGGUGUGACUAAUGUAGUAGGCUGAGUUUGGGGUGU